AGUAGGCGGGACUUACUGAAGAAAACCGUAAAUUUGGUUGGUUCGUCAUAUAUAUACAUGUUCAGCUUUUAUAAAUUACAUAAAACGACUGCAAAACAAACUAGAAGUAAAUAUCCUGCGUGUUUAAAAUUGUAAAUGAGUAUUAUUAUAAAUAUUUGUAAAAGUAACUAGUUGCAUUUGUAUAGCUAUUGAUUCAUUUAUUUGCUUAUUAUACAGUAAUAUUUGUGCAAAAUGAAUCUUAACAUGGAUGAUAUUGAACUUAGGAAUAUAGAGCCUGACCAGCCUUUAAUCAGAUCCUUGUCAAGAUCAGAAUCUUUUACACAACAGGAUGAUGUUAUUGAUACGGAAUAUGGUGCUAUUACUGUUGCUGUUCAGGGAGACCGGAAUAAACCUGCAAUUUUGACUUUCCAUGAUAUUGGUCUUAAUCACAUUUCGAAUUUCCAAGCUUUUUUCAACUUUGUUGACAUGCGAAUUUUGAUGCAAAGCUUUACAGUGUAUCAUGUGAAUGCUCCAGGCCAAUCUGAAGGAGCUCCUAAUUUACCAGAAAAUUAUAUUUAUCCUACUAUGGAUGAGCUGGCUGAAACUUUAGUCCAAGUUAUGAAAUUUUAUGGCUUGAAGCAUUUUAUUGGAUUUGGUGUUGGAGCAGGUGCUAACAUCCUUUCUCGUUUUGCUUUGGAACAUCCUGAUUGUGUAGAUGGCAUGUUUUUAGUUAACCCAACUUGUACAGUGGCCAGCUGGACUGAGUGGGGUUAUCAGAAACUGAAUGCAAUGCAUUUACGAUCUUCUGGCAUGACUGCUUCAACUCUUGAUUAUUUAAUGUGGCAUCAUUUUGGAAGGCUUUUGGAAGAACGCAGUCAUGACCUGAUUCAGAUCUACAGACAGUAUUUCAACACUGCAAUUAACCCCUAUAAUCUUUCCCUCUUUAUUGAUUCAUAUAUAAGACGCACAGAUUUGGGUAUUAUUCGUGAAAUGGAUCCAGUCAAGAAGAAAACUGCAAAGAAUUUCAAAUGCCACGUUUUGCUUCUCGCUGGAGAUAUGUCACCUCAUCUUGAAGAUUCAGUAACAAUGAAUAGUCGUCUCGAUCCUACAAAUUCCACUUGGAUGAAACUUUCUAAUUGUGGCAUGGUUUUGGAAGAAGAGCCAGCUAAAGUUAGUGAAGCUCUGAGAUAUUUUUUGCAAGGUCUUGGUUAUGCUCUGAACCAAUAUCGGCGCAAAUCAUCAGCAGCUUCAUCACUUAGUUGCGAAGGUAAUGUCACGAUCGCCUGUUGAAAAAUUUCCUUCUUUUGGUCAAGUUCUAACACAUCAAAUUCCGCACAUUCCAGGGGCAGCUCAGCAGCCAAAUUAGAAGUGCACAUUGUGGAAAAUCCCAUCAACAGACUCGAUGUUCCUUGCUGAUUAUAACAUUGUUCUUUUCCAAAAAAUUUCGAUUAACUAAAGGAACAGCUAUUAUCUAAUAGAGUAGCCACUGCCACCAAAUAAAUGCAUUUUUGCCUUGGAAUGGAGAAGAAAUAAGAAUUUCUAAAAUUGCUUUUCAAGUGGUUUUUUAUUUCUAUAUUGUAAAUAUCCUACCCCUUCCCCCUUUUUUUAUGAGGCUAUUUCAAACUGGCUUUAAGCUUUAGUUAUUUUCUGUGUUUGAACUUUUUUUUUUUGCUUCGUUACUGGUAUUAUAUUUAAACAUAGCAUGUGAAACACUUUUUUUUUACCCCAUUUGCUUUUUUUUACAAAUAAUUUUAACUGAAUUUGUUGCAUUUUUAUCUAUACUUUUGUUGAGGAUAUGAAUUUCAAUCAUGUUAUAUUUUAAAUGUGUUCAAAAAUACUGAGCUGUUUGCUAAAGUAUUUUGAAACUUGUAGUGAGUUUUAAGUAAUAUACCAUGUAUUUAUUUUUUAAAUAAUUGAUUAGAAUUAAUGUUUGUCUUCUUUUUUUGAAAAUUGAAGAAAAAUACAUGAUGAAAAUCAGCUUUAUGUUAACAUUGGCAUAUAAUUCGAUUGAAAAAUAUAAUGUUUGUUUUGUCUUUUGUUAUUUGGUGUAUUAUUUUUCAUUUUUAUAUAGUUGCAUUUUAUUAACUUAUUGUUUGCUGCAUCUCUAAGCGCACUUUUCGCUUAAAGCAUGAAUAAUAAUUUUGAAUGUUGAAGGUUCUUUUUCUUUUUUUCAUUGCAUGGUGCUAUUUUGAUAAAGUUUGCCUGAAGAAUCUAUUUUUUUACUCUUCCACAAAUGAUGUUUAUUAUAUGUACAACAAGAACUAAAAUCGUGAGUUAUCAUUUCUUGUUGGUGAUUUUGGAAUUAUAAUUUUCUCAUUAAUUGUGGCUGAACUUUCAUCGUUUUAUUGUUUAAAAAUAUUUAUUCAUGAUUGAACCUUUUAGAAUAAGUGAUCUAUUUAUAACAUGAAUAAAAAGGCAACUAUUCAUAAGAUGAAUAGUUAUUUUUUUGUAAACAUAAAUAAAAGGGAAUAUAAAAAAAAAGUUAUUUAAUUUUGUUGAAACAUUUUAGAAUGGAAUCAAAUUGAAAGGUAGGAUAUUCCCUACAACUAUGAUAUUUUUAUAAUGUGUGUAAUGAAUGAAAUCUGUAAAAAUUUCAAAUCUUUUUUUAAUCUCUUUCAUCAGAAAAAAAAAAGGUAUUGCCUAUCUAUUGUCCAGGAGAAAUAAUGCACAUCAAAGUAAUGCAUUUCUUCUGAGAUGGAAAAUCGAAUGCCCUAAUACCUCUUAUUAUUCGAAUCUCGUUUAUUAUUAGAUGAAGCAAAAUAUUUUAAUGUUUGUUUAUGGGAAUGUAAUUAUUUAUGUGUCUCAAUGUAUUUUUUUUAAAAAUGAGUUAAAUUUGUAUUAAAUUCUGAAUGUUAAUUUGUAUUUUAGGAAAUUUCCCAGCAUAUUAAAUAUAAUUUGUUAUUUCA